GCCCGUAGUACCCUUCCCACUUUACUCCCCUCCCCACUAUCCCCAUUCCAUAUUUACCAUGGCUGCAGAGUUGACUGUCCGGACUACUGAUACUCAAGCGAAAUGCAAGACAAUCGAGGGCACUGCUGAUAUCUUGCUGGCCCUGAUCGAACGCGAGACCGAGAAAGCUGUCUGCCAGGCUCGCAAAGACUGUGAAGAGCUCGAGCAGCGCUUUGCCGCUUUCCGGACGGCGUCUGCGAACGACUUGCGAGUUGUGUCGCAGCAAGUCUCAGUAUUGCAGGAGACUGUCCGAGAGAUGCAGGGCAAGUUAGAAGCAUCAUCGCUGGAGGCGGGUGAGGCACGAGCAGAAGCGCGGAAUAUUAAAGAGGCUUACGACCGGCUGCGCGGCAUCAUCUUAGGCGCUGAAUGUGUGCGUGAAAUGAAAGAGCAGACUAGCAGCGAGGUAUCAGGAGCAUGCUCGGGCGACGCAGUGAUCCUCGUCUCCACAAUUCUGGAAAACUUUUCCAAGACGAAGGUGGCCUGGCGUGCAGCCGAGAUGAGAUGCGCCGAAUUGGAGCAGACCUCACAACGAGCGGAGCAGGCAGAGAAGAAGCUAGCAAGACUCGAGCAGGCUCGUAAAAAGCUGCAAGAGACACUUUCACGAUCCAGCGCCAUACACGAGAUUAUCCAGGAGAAGGAGCUGGCCGUCCAAAAGGAUGAGUUAGACACCGAGUUCGAUGUCAUCACCGCCAUUCCAGCGCUGCUAGACCGCUUUCAGAGGAAUAAAGAAGCGGUAGCGUCGUUACGAACUAGACUUGCGGAAGCCGAGAGCCACAAGGAUGCGACGAAGAACACGCUGGAAGGCAGGAUUACUGAGCUCAAGCGCAUGAAUGCGGCGCUGCGACGAGAGCUGCAGAGUUCCAAGGCCAUGUCGCUUAAAGCUGCGGAGGGAGCGAAGGAGCCGGAACGAGUGAAGCCUCCCACCGCCAAGAAACCGGUAAUCAACGACGACAACAUGGACCUCAGCAGCCCGUCGUUGCCAAAGGCAAGACCAUCCAAAAGACCCCCGGGUUCCGCCGAGGUAUCAAGUAGGCCAAAGCUGAAGCGUGCCCGCACGACUGACGGGUCCGUUAUCGUCAAAGCACAUAAGAAUUCGUCGAAGUGCUCACUAUCAUCUGACGAGGAGUCCGACGAAAAACUAGCGUCGAACUAUAUCCAUUAUCCUGCCGACAACUCCACGGAGACCCUGAAGUCGAAGGCCCGGGGACAAGAUGAGGGUCUUCACCUCUCGACCAAGCCGCUGUCGAAGCCAUGCUCCCCAGAGCUCCCAGCGGAUCGACCGUCGGAACCCUGGAAUACGAGGCCUGUACUCAAGGGCCUCAGCUUCCGGAAGUCCAAGGAUCCGAGGGUGUCUCCUCAGAUAGGAAUGGGCAAGCAGGGUCAGAAGUGA